AUGUUAAAAUACGAUGCCCAAGUGUCGCUGAACAUUGCCCGAGUAUGGCUUCAAAGUGGAUGGGCCAACGAUGCCCGCUUCCCAUUGUUAUUGAUCGAAUGGAGUGCUCACGGCAUACCAUGGUUAAUAUUCAGUAUCAGCGUGUUUUUGUACAUCUGUAUCAAGAAUUAUGACACCGAAACACAGUGGAAAUGGGGCGUGUUACUGUUUGGUAAGUCUUGA